AGACAUUAGUGAAGAAAAUGCCAAGCAAAGCUCAAGAGGAUGCUGUGAUUAAUAUGAAAUAUAUACUAGACAUUUCAAAGCAGUUGGGCUUUGAGUGGCCAGUACUUGCUUAUGAGUUGGGUUUUACAAGAAAUGAAGUCAGGCAGUUUCAUGCCACAUCAAAAGAAAAGAGGGAUCAGGCUAAAAGCAUGCUGGAAUCCUGGUAUGAGCGAUCUUGGGAUAAGCCUAAUAAAACUAAAGUGCUGCAGGAUGGUCUGGAACGUGCUGGUCGUAGGGAUCUGGCCGAAAGACUUCGCUGUCUGCACUGGGGCCAUCAAAAACUCAGCCGGAGAGUUGAGCUACCGUCUGCCUUUCCAUUUCUCAUUACUGUCCACAAAACAAUAGACAACAAGGAUGCCCUGCGCAGAAUAAAUGAACUUAACCGCAGUUACCAUUAA